GCCAUUCACCUCUUUGAGAAGGUGGGUGGGGUGAUCUUGAUCGCGUUCCCUGUAUUGCUUUCGGGUGGUGGGAAAGCUAAAAAGAAAAGAAGUUCUUGAAGAGCUUGACCAUCACUGACUGGAUUGAUGACUAACUUGAUGAAUGUCACUGAUUGCUCUGUUCUUGCCAUUUCCAGUUCUUGAAGAAAGAGAAGAAGGAAGCUCUUGUUGAAGCAUCAGAGAAGGUUGAAUCAGGUGAUUUUAACAUUCCACUUGCUCUCGCCAAUCUUCGUUAACAGAAACCAGCACACGCAGCUAAGAUGAAAAGAAGAAGGAGCUCUUCUCCGGAAUCUCGAUCCACAAGACAUGGCUCAUCAGGAGCUGAGUUCGAGGUGUUCUUGAGCUUUCGAGGACCGGAUACUCGCGCUACCUUCGCAGAUUUCCUCUAUCUUGCCCUGCUAGAUAAGGGUGUCCGUGUUUUCAUAGACAAGAAGGAGAUCGACGUUGGUGAAGAGAUCGGCCAAGAGAUUUUUCAGGCCAUCGAUCAUUCGAAGAUCUGCAUUCCCAUCUUCUCCAGAGGCUAUGCCUCCAGUAGCUGGUGCCUGCGUGAGCUGGAACACAUGAUGGAGCGUAGGAAAACCAGCGAACUGGAGGUUAUGCCCAUUUUCUAUGACGUCGAACCGUCCGAUGUGAAGCUUGAAACUGGAGUGUACAGGGACGCAUUGACUCUGCAUGAAGAGAAACGUGGGGCUGAGAUUGUGCAACGCUGGGCGACGGCGCUCAAGGAAGUUACUGGAAUCAUGGGAUGGGACACCAAGAACACCGGCCAUGGAGAACUUGCACAUUCGAUUGCCCGGAAAGUGUUGGUUAAGCUUAAGUCAUCUUGUGUUCAUAUGUUUGACCAUUUGGUUGGAAUUGACAAAUCAGUGAAUGAAGUAGUAGAUUUGUUGAACGUUGAAUCUCAGGACAUAAGGCUCGUCGGUAUUUGGGGGAUGGGUGGAAUCGGCAAGACAACUCUUGCCAAGGUUGUUUAUCACAAUGUAUCUACUAAGUUCGAGAGUUGCAGCUUCAUUUCAAAUGUCCGAGAAGCAUCAAAAGGUUCUGGUUUGUUAAAUGUGCAGAGGCAAUUAGUCUCUGAUAUCAUUGGUGACGUAGGAGUUGAGCUUUCUAGCAUUGAUCAUGGGAUGAACAUGAUCAAAGAUAGAUUCGACAGAAAGAAGGUUCUUAUUUUCCUUGAUGAUGUGGAUCAUAGGAGCCAACUUAUCACGUUAGCAGCAAAGGCACAAUGGUUUGGUGCAGGAAGUAGAAUAGUGGUUACAACGAGAGACAAAAGUGUUUUAAGUGAAUUCCAAGAUCAAUUUGAACAUUGUUUGAUUUAUGAAGCUAAAGGACUCAACAAUCCAAAAGCUCUUCAACUUUUCAGCAAGCAUGCCUUCAGAAGCAACUCUCCUCCAAAUGCAUUCUUGAGUCUAUCUAAGGAAGUCACUGCAAAAACCGGUGGGCUUCCUCUGGCUAUUGAAGUCAUUGGCUCAUUUUUACAUGGAAAAAGGGAAGCGUUGUGGCAAGAUACAUUGAAAAAGAUGGGACAUUGUCAACAUAAGGAUGUGAAGGAAAAGUUACUGUUGAGUUAUGAGGCGUUAGAUCAUCAUCAGCAGCAAAUAUUUCUUGAUAUUGCUUGUCUUGGAAGGCAUUUCUUUCCAUUUGGACAAUAUAAGACGUAUGCAAAAUACAUGUGGGAGGACUGUGGAUUUUUUCCGGAUGAGGGGAUUGAAGUUCUGCUACUAAUGUCCUUAGUGAAAAUUCGAGGAGACGAUAAACUAUGGAUGCACGAUCAGCUUAAGGACUUGGGCAGGAGCAUUGUGUACAAAGAAAAUUGUGAAGACCCAAGGAAGGGUUCUCGGGUGUGGAAGCGGAAAGGUUCUGAAAUCGUCAACAAUAGAAAGGGAACCGAAACUGUUGCAGCCGUCUGUACGAAACAGUGGGUGUGUCGCCAAGACUCUGUUUUGGCACCAGAAGACUUUAUCAAUGUGCCAAAUAUUAGAUAUCUCGACAUGGGUGGUGGGACCCUCUCUGGAGACUUUGAGAAUCUCUUUUUAGAAUUGAGAUGGCUUUCUUGGCGGUGGUGUCCUCAAGAUAUGCAGGCAACUAACUUUUGCCCAAGAAAUCUAGUCAUCCUUAACCUAGCAUUCAACUCAAUAGACGAACAUUGGGGUGGUUGGACUCAACUCAAGGUGGCUACAAGAUUGAAGGUCCUUAAUCUGAUAUGUAGCCAACGCUUAGAGGAAACUCCUGACCUCUCUGCGUAUUUGUCCUUAGAAAUAUUAACACUACAUGGAUGUGAAAGGUUGUUAAGGAUCCAUCGAUCCAUUGGUCAUUUGAAACGUCUGAAGCAUUUGAAUCUAUAUGGAUGUAAGAAUCUCCAAGUGCUCCCAGUUGAAUUGGGUUCUCUAGAAGCAUUGACCGAGCUGCUCAUAGCGAAUUAUGAUCUCAGUGGAAGUAUUAGUCAAGUCCCAAGUUCAAUCGGAGCACUUGCAAAUUUGGAGCGCCUAGUCAUUACUGGAGCCAUCAAGCUAAAGACGCUUCCUGACUCGAUUGGAAUGCUGAAAGGUUUAGUUGAGUUGGAUGUCUCGGGUACAGGCAUUGCAGAGUUGCCAAAUGCUGUUGUCAAUCUAAAGAGCUUGAAAGUGUUGAAGAUGAGCAGAAGUCACAUGCAAAAGUUACCCGAGGCAAUUGGGAUGUUAGAGAAACUCGAGAAGAUCUAUGGAGCGGAUUGCACGCGGCUAGAGAUAAUUCCUAGUGAUAUCGUGAGACUGCCUUUCUUGAAGAUUUUGACAUUAACAAAAACGCAAGUAGAGAAUGUACCAGAGCUUCCCCAGAGUAUGGUAAGUCUAUGUCUAUCCUCAAGUGCCACAGAAAAAGCUCCAGAGAUCUCCAACCUUGUGAAUUUAAGAAAUCUGGAACUAUAUUUUACAAGCUCGAAGUCCAAAGAUUUUCCAAGUGCAAGAAAUUACAGCCACACAUAUUGCAUGUUGAAACUUCCACGUAUCACCUGCAUAAGCUCAUAUUUGGGUUGCCUUUGCUGUCUAGAAGAACUUGAACUCAAGAACUGCGAGAACCUGUGCCACAUUGGACAGCUUCCCUCUGGUUUGAGGAAACUCACAGUUGACGGUGGCAAUCUUCUUGAAGUUGUGGACCUUUCCAACUUAUCUAACUUCAAGAAUCUCAAGGACCUCACAGUACGGGACUGUCCGAAGCUAGUUGAGGUUCAAGGUCUUGACAGAGUGGAAUCACUAGAAAGUCUCUACAUCGAACGCUGCAGUUCCUUACGAUUACCUGAUUUAUCCAACUGGAAGAAGCUGAAGGAGUGGGACGUUGAUGCUCCUACGGUAUAUUCGGCGAGAGGCAAAAAAGUAGCUCGAAGUGAUGAUCUCCGAUUCUGGCACUUGCAAAAAAAAGCUUGUAGAAUUAGCAAAUCCUUUUUAUGUUGACUCAUGUUUCAUUUGAACCAUAAUGUUUGUCACGACC